GGGGCCGACGGACUCGACGACGACGACGUCCCGCUGCCGUAUCACGGCGCCGAGCUGGGCCGCUUUCACGAGUGGUACACGGGCAACCUGCACGGGUACCUCAGCAUGACCGUGUGCAUCUUCGGCAUCGUGGCCAACGUGCUCAACAUCAUUGUCCUGACGCGGCGCAACAUGGUCUCCCCGACCAACAGCAUCCUCACGGGACUCGCCGUGGCCGACAUGCUGGUCAUCGCCACGUACCUUCCUUACACCGUGCAGACGCACGUCCUGCCUUCGACCAGGAGGCAGUCGUACGCAGUGGCCGUUUUCAUCCUCGUCCACGCCCACGUAAGCGUCGUCUUCCACACGGUGUCCACCUGGCUCACGGUGACCCUUGCCGUCUGGCGCUUCUUGGCCGUCUCCUUCCCAGCGUCCAGCAAGGAGUGGUGCAGUAUGACUAGGGCCCGAUGGGCCGUUGUCAGCGUGUAUCUGACGUGCGCAGUGUGCUGCCUGCCGGUGUACCUGUCCUUCACCGUGCACAGGGCCGGCUCGCUUGAGGAUCCUUCGUACAAGGUAGACUUCAGCAACAUCACACGUGCCAACGGGGCCUUCCUGCAGAACCUCAACUUCUGGACUUACUCCGUGCUCAUGAAGCUCGUGCCGUGCGUGGCCCUGACGGGCCUGAGUCUCGGCCUCCUGCGAGUCUUGUACGAGGCCAAGGCCCGCAAGAGACGUCUUCGAAGAGGGGCCAGUGGCAGCUCAGGGAGCAGCGAAGACGCACGCGACCGGACAACGCGCAUGCUUCUGGCCGUCCUGCUCCUCUUUCUCGUCACCGAGUUCCCGUCAGGCAUCGCGGCCCUUCUGAGCGGCAUUCUGGGAGACGACUUCUUUCUCCACGUCUACAUGAACUUUGGCGAGGUGAUGGACAUCCUCGCGCUCGUCAACAGUGCCGUCAACUUUGUGCUCUACUGCUCGAUGAGCAGGCAGUUUCGCAAGGCGUUCGCAGCCCUGUUCACGCCUCGCAUUGUGGCAAAGUGGUUCCCGCUGACGACCGAACAGGCAAACAGCACGUACGCCACUACGUGUGUUUAGGAGGACGCCACAAAACUUGAGAACCGAUGUGUUGAACCAAAGCGCACCUCUG